UACCAUCUGGCUUAUGUGGGGACGCUCGGGCCACGAACUCAGACGAUCCUCUCGCUAGCGGACGGUGAAGGUUACCUGCUUCAACAGUGCUUGAACGGAAACCUUUGAACUGUCUUCAGACCCCGCAAGACGGCAGCAGCCACUUCCACCGACAGCGUCCAAUACUCCGACUUCACGCACGGUCAGCGUCAGCUAGCUCGGCUGUCCGACACACUUAGCUUGGAAGCUAACUGUUUGUUUUGCUAACGGGGCGCGCGGACAGCUUUGACCUCCUCUCGAGACGACCUGCCAGGAACACUGAACCAUGAGUUCCCAAGUGAGACAGAACUUCCAUCAGGACUGCGAGGCUGCGAUCAACAGGCAGAUCAACCUGGAGCUGUACGCCUCCUACGUCUACCUGUCCAUGGCAUACUACUUCGACCGGGACGACCAGGCGUUGGCCAACUUCGCCAAGUUCUUCCGCGACCAGUCGCACGAGGAGCGCGAGCACGCUGAGAAGCUGAUGAAACUACAGAACCAGAGGGGGGGAAGGAUCUUCCUACAAGACAUCAGGAAGCCAGACAGGGACGAGUGGGGCAGCGGCGUCGAGGCUCUUGAAUGCGCCCUGCAGCUUGAGAAGAGCGUGAACCAGUCGCUGCUCGACUUGCACAAGCUCUGCUCCGAUCACAACGACCCACAUAUGUGUGAUUUCAUCGAGACGCACUACCUGGACGAGCAGGUGAAGUCCAUCAAAGAGCUGGCGGACUGGGUGACCAACCUGCGCCGCAUGGGCGCCCCGCAGAACGGCAUGGCAGAGUACCUGUUCGACAAACAUACUCUGGGCAAAGAGAGCAGCUAAAUCCCUCCACACCACAUUUCUAAACGCUUCUAUAUGUAUGUUUGUAUCUUGCUUUUCACGCCAUCUGCAUGAUCCUGGCUCGUCAUUUCAGCGUCCCAUUUUAUUCAUGUCAUUAGCGCCGUUUCCUCCACUUCUAUGAACCCUGUGAGCUGGUGUGUUCACAGCCUGCUCCGUCCUUCACCUCGCGCUCUGCUACGCUCCUUCAUUAAUGCGUUUGCUGUGUUUUAUGCCAGGAGUUGUUAAUCCGACCAAAUAAAUGGAACCCUCUGGAUUCUGA